UAUAUUAUAAAGUUUGCUUCUUAGUAAAUAGUUAAUAAUUUUUAUAAAAUUAAAAUGAGUAAAAUGAAAAAGAAAUCAUGUCUAAUAUUUCAAAUGAUUUUAUUCAUUAUGUGUGUUAAUAUUCGACUAUCGCAGGCUCAAGUUUUAGAUAGUUCUAUUAACCAUCUUAUAAGAAAUCAAAGGCCUGAUGUAAGUAGAAAUCAAAGGCCUGAUGACAAUGUUGUUAUUGGUGAUAAUAUUAGAAAUCGUUAUCAAGAAAAUGCCAGAACUACUUUACAUACCAAUGGCAGGAAUAACAUAUAUUAUUCGAAUAACAAUGGAAACUCGGGCUAUGAAGGACAGGUUCAAAGAAGAAACCAGAUGGAAACUGACGACAAAAAUGAAGAAAAUAGAAAAAUCUCUAGUCAGCACAAUAUAAUUUCGGGUAAUAAUAUCAGAAAUCGUGUACAGAUCAAUGGCCAAACUAUUGAGGAGGGUCAAAUUGACGAUGAGGGUUCGAAGCGGAAUAAUCACAAUAUCAGUCAUGAUCAUCGGGAUGGAGGUAAACGAAACCAAGAUCGUUUAUAUACCCACAACAAUCAUAAUAUAGAUCAUGAUCAUCGAGAUAAUGGUAGAGGAAACCAAGAUCGUUUAUAUACCCACAACAAUAACAAUGUUAUCUCGGGUAAUAAUAUCAGAAAUCGUGUACAGAUCAAUGGACAAACUAUUGAGGAGGGUCAAAUUGGAGAUCAUAUAUCCAAUGGUAAUAAUCCCAAUAAUGGCAGAAAUCGUUUACAGGCUAAUGCCAAAACUAUUGAGAAGAAUACAAUUGGCGAUAAGCAGUCCAAUAAACAACAACCAAAAGAAAAUAUUGUUACGACCAUUGAAGAGCCAAGUUUAUGGCAAAGGAUUAAAAAUUGGUUUGGUUAAAUUUCACCACAACGCAACGGAACUCAAGAUUAGCAUUGAUUGAUAUUACUGAAAAUGUUUUAGAAAACUGAAUGAUCAGUGAUCAAUGAGGGACAAACAAAAAAAUAAAUAAAAAGUAAAUAAACAGAUAUUAUUUAACAAAAAUAAAGAAUUUCC